CAACUGGCGCGUCAAGAAAUAUGAUCACACUAAUUUAGUAACUUUGAUAUCACUGAUUUAAUUCUCAAAAAAUAUUUCUUUAGCUUGUCUGGUCGGUGUAGUAGUUAACAAUAUUGUUUGUUAAUACAAAAAUAAUACUAGGGUUUCCUUUGAUUUAAUUGAGCUAGUACGCAAAAAAAUUCUUCUCGACUGGUUAUGGUACUGUAUUGGUAUAAAAUUAAUUUAUAAAUAAUUUUAGGCAAAUACUAAACGAAGAUGCCUAAAAAAUUUGCGGGAGAAAAUAGCAAAGCGGUCGCGGCACGACAGCGUAAAGAGAACGCUAAACAAGAGAAGGACCAAAAGAUACAAAAAAUGGUAGACGAUGCCGAGUGGGAAGAUAACGACGAAAAACUAAAGAAAAAACAACAGAAAAAGGAUGAACAAGAAAAAAAGCGACAAGAACAGUUACAAAAGAAAGCAGAAGCCAAGGCAUUAUUAGAAAAAGAGAUGGAAUCUAUAAAGGGAAAAGCACUUCCACCACCACCAAAGAUCACCCGCGCACAAAUAUCCCAAAUAAAAGAAAAGACUAUUCGACAUGAACCUACUGUAAAAACAGUGCCUGCUAGAGUGGUUGUUGAGGAACCACCUCUACAAGAAAAUCUCAACCGGUUACAAAUCGAUGGCGAGUUAGCACAAACUGUUGACGAGGCUAUCUCAAUACUAAGUGAAAAGUCAGAUGUAGACAAACAUCCUGAAAAGAGAUUGAAGGCAGCUUACACCGCAUUUGAGGAAAUAAACCUCCCUAGAUUAAAAGCUGAAAACCCUAGUUUGCGGCUCUCACAGCUUAAACAGAUGCUUAGGAAAGAAUGGUUGAAAUCACCACAAAACCCUUUGAACCAGGCUUAGGCUAACAAAAAGGAUAUAUAGGAUCCAGAGAUAACAAAAACUCUUUUUUGCUUAUAUUGCAUAAAACAUGGUAAAAAUAGUAUACAGUUUAACUUAUGUAUUUAACAUAUUGUCAUAAUUGUAAAUAAAUAUUUUAAAUUA